AUGAAGAAAGUCAUGAACUACGCAAGGCUUCGAGGGAUUCGGGGCACUCUGGAUCUUGGGGUGCUUCGAUCUCGAAUCUCCUGCCUCAGUGCUACAACUCUGAAGGGAAGAUUGAUCAACUUCCCAACAUUAUGGACCCAACGCUCCCGGCGAACUUCAAGUUUCUUUCCGAAUUUUUCGAGGAGGCCUUAA